CUUCCCUUCCCGCACCACCCCGCACACAGUGGCUGAUAGUGAGAGAGAGAGAGAGAGGAGGAAGCAGAAGAGGCGAAUGGGGAUUGGUAAAGGGAUGGAAAGAAGAGCGCAGCAGAGCAGUGAAUGAAUCACCGAUCGAGGCGGCCGCAGAAGCAGCAACGACAAAGCCGUCUCCUUGGCGGCGUCGCAGCAGUAGAUCCUUCUCUUUCAUUUUCUUUCAAACUGCUAGUCUUCCCGAAGAAAUCGAAGCUCCUGAAGAGAGAGAGAGAGGAGAAGACGCAGCCGCUGCUGCUUUCGACUUGCAGACCCCAAAAAAAACAUCGAGAGAGAAAGAGGAAGUGAUCGUUCUGUUGCCUACUUCUCUGCAAAGAUCAAUUCUUUUUACGGUUUUAGGAAGAAAACGCCACGAAUUGAUGUGUUACCAAGCGGUGGAGUAGAGGAAGGAGCGAAAAAUUUGCUCUUUUAUGGUGGUUUGCUCCGGCGACGGCGGGGAUCAGGAAGAGGGAAGUAAGUGUAGUUCUGCAGAAGUGAGAGUGAUCAUUAUAGCGUCUAAAGUUUAAUGGCGUUUUGCUACGGCGACAGUGAAGAAUAGGGAGAGCAGCGAAGUAGAAGGAGAACGGGUUCUUGCAGCAGCAAGAGUGUUCAUUAUCGCGUCUUUUUCUCUGGAAAGUUUGCACUUGUUUUAGCGCUUUGCUCCGGCGACGGUGGGGAUUAGAGAAGAAAAGCCGGCUGGCAAUUGAUGUGUUAGCUAGAAGGCUGAUCGGAGUGGGAGAAGGGGAAGAAGAGAUCAUGGCGGCUGGAUUCCCUUUCCGAAGCGGCGGGCGUCAACAGCAGCCCCCGACGACGGAGGCUUUCUUCCUCUACGGCGGAGGUCGUAGCCGGAGCGACGACAUGGAAGGUAAUGUUUACACUCGCGGUUUCGAGCUUACAUGGCGGCAGCAGCAGUACUCGGGCUUCCCCCACGAGCUGCCGCUUGCGGGCUCAGCCGCCAUCGAUGGCGACGGGGGGCAGAGCUGUCAGGAUUGCGGCAACAAGGCGAAGAAGGAAUGCGCCCACCUCCGUUGUCGCAUCUGUUGCAUGAACCGCGGCUUCAAGUGCACCACUCACAUCAAGAGCACGUGGGUCCCCGCCGCCAGGCGCCGCGACCGCCGGCAGCAUCAAGCCGCCGGCUGCAGAACCUCCAAGCGAACACUUAAAAUCGUCCCCUCCACCACCGCCACAACCGCCGUCACCACCACAUUUGGAGCAACCCUCGACUCCGAAAUCUUCCCACCGGAGUUGAACACCGAGGCCAUGUUCCGCUGCGUCCGAGUCAGCCCCGUCGACGACGCCGACGAAGAGUACGCAUACCAAACCACCGUCCGCAUCGCCGGCCACCUCUUCAAAGGCAUCCUCUACGACCACGGCGCCGCUAGCGACCUCCCCUCUUCCAAACUCGCCCGCGAGGCAUCCACUUCCUCUGCCACCCUCGCCGCCACCUCCACACCGGAGCUCCUCGACGCAUACCAGACUCCCCUCACCGCCCUCGUCGCCGACUCUUCGUUGCCGUUCUUCCCCCAACAACAAAGGCCUUCCUGAUCAAUAAAUCAAAACACUACUUCUAGCACGAACAGUUCCAUUAAUCAUUCCACAAAAAUGGCGUUUUAAAACCAAGUAACCAUGCAUGGGGAUCGGCGAUCGACCACUCCUUUGUACAAGAAGCUCUCUCUCUCUCUCGCGCGCGCGCGCAUCAAUAUAAUUAAUGCAGAGAGUGUGGUGAGAUUAGGGCAUGGAUGAAUGCUGCCAGGCUGCCCUGGCUGCUCAAGCUCUGAAAGUCUGAAAUGCUUCAAAAAUGAAGACAGAGAGAAGAAGAAACACUAACAGUAAUUAGAUUGUAUGAACUAUAUAUGCUCUUGUUAGCUAUCAUAUAAUUUAUUCAUGUUGUAUUUUCUAGGAUGGCUGUGUGCGCUCUGUUUAGUGUUCAUAUAUGUACAGUAGGGAAUAAACUAUGUAUAUAGCACAAAUGUAAUUGUUUAGAACUAU